CGCUUAGAUUUGCAGCGAGAAGUCGUCGCGGCAGGCAGUUGUGAGGUCAUAAUAGGAGAUUUGUGACGAAAUAAAAUGUUCGAUAGAAAUAUCGCGAGCACGUGGUCAGGAGUAAUGGUAGAUUAAUUGUGACGUAACAAACUUCGGUGUGAUGUCAUAAAACGGGGCAUAACGUAACUUCAACGUCACAAUGAUGAUGAUAAUACGAGCUUAUGGCGUAACAAUUGUUUUACCAUUGUUUAAUUGUUCUGUAACGAACAGUUUCAUGGAUGAGCGAGUGUUGCACCGAUCGCGUUAAAGUGCGUAGUUGGUUUGUGACGUCAUAUUACAUGAUUGUUUGUUUGAAUUCUGAUAAACCAGGGAAAUACCCAACAACGUCAUGAAGAAUUUAAUCGAUGACGUCAACAAUGAAGUUUCUAAAACAGGAAGAAUGGAGAAGUUUUGUUCUGAGAGCGUUUAUCGAAGCGCUAAUUGUUUCAACAUCUGUGUGUUGGUUUGUUGUUGCUCACCGGUGUUGUUCGUCCUUGCAUUGGUAGUGCCCAGGACGAUGGCUGAUGAUGGGAUAACAACAGUUCGCGAGAUGAUGGAGGUGCUGAUGGAAGCUCAAGGAAAUUGUAAGCGAGAUCUUGAAGCAGGGUUGCCGCCAAUGGAUAAAGACGGUAAUUAUUACGAAACAUACUGCAAAGGUGAGUGGGACAAGAUCACGUGUUGGCCCAACAGCGCCCCCGGGAGGACGGUGAGACUCCCAUGUCCAGAAUACAUCAUCGAUUUCGAUCAUACAGGCCAUGCGUUACGUCAUUGCUCACGUGACGGUAGAUGGGCGAUGGUGCGUGACACGAAUCGAACGUUCAGCGAUUACAGCAGUUGUAAUAUACCAAGGGAAGAGGACGUUGUGGAAAUGAUAAGGAGGGGUGGUGAUGCAACGAUGAAAAGUUUCAUCCAGUUGUACACGGUCGGUUAUUCUUUCUCGUUGGUUGCUCUCGUCUUCGCGAUGAUAAUUCUCGCUUAUUUCAAGCGAUUACAUUGUACACGCAACUACAUUCACAUGCAUCUAUUCGCUUCUUUUAUAUUGAGAGCCGUCGUCAUCUUUGUUAAAGAUCGAGUUCUUUAUUACGGAGCUGGGAUUCUUGAUAUAAACACCCCGGAUGGGGAAAUGACACUAGAGGCGCUAAAGAAUCGCGUGGAUGAAAUAGACGCUGACAGAAGCUCUUAUUUGAUUGGAUGUAAGCUGGUGAUGACGUUGUUUCAUUAUUUUGUUGCAACAAAUUAUUACUGGAUUCUCGUGGAAGCUUUGUAUCUUCAUAGUUUGAUUUUCGUCGCGUUUUUCUCCGACAAGAAAUAUUUGUGGAGGUUUAGUGUAACGGGUUGGGGUGUCCCUAUACUAUUCGUCGUUCCGUGGGCGAUUGUUCGAGCGAAGUUUGAAGACACGGGAUGUUGGGACAUCGCGGUGACGGAAUACAAAUGGAUUUACAAUGGCCCUAUUAUCGUUGCUAAUGUGAUAAACUUCUUACUUUUCCUCAACAUUAUCCGAGUGCUUUGGUACAAGAUGCGGGAACGCGGACCUAUCGGAAAAACUGACAAUCGAAGACAAUACAAGAAACUCGCGAAAUCUACGUUGGUGUUGAUCCCGAUGUUUGGAGUUCAUGCGAUCGUCUUCAUCGGGAUGCCUGAUGAUAUUUCAUCUGGAACUUGGUGGGACAUUCGAAUGUCGUUCGAUCUUUUCUUCAAUUCUUUCCAAGGAUUCUUUGUCGCGAUUAUCUAUUGUUUCUGCAACGGAGAGGUACAAGCGGAGUUCAGGAAAGCUUGGGAAAGAUUUAAUUUGAGCGUCGAAAUAAAACGCGGUCGACGCGAAAGAAGUCGUUCUUCCGUCACAAUGCUGACAAGUUUCAACAGCUCGGCGUCGCAACAAGCUCGUCUUUCUAUUGGUGGACAGAGUAAUGGGCGUGGCAACCUACGUAACAAUGCUCUUUCUACCCACGUGGUCAGCGAAACCAAACUGUUGACCAAUCAGAAGCCAGAAUGUUCAACCAAUCACAUAACAGGUUGUGAGGUUUAUGACGAAACAAUGAUUCAAGAAACGUCAUUGAUGACAAACAACAACAACAAUACAGAACAAGAGGUAUCAAUGCCGGGAAUUCCCCAGCGCCCCCCUUUUAUAUGAACUCUUAGUGGGGGAAUCCCCCAUAAUGGGGUCAUAAUACCCAUUGUUGUGCAAGACACCGAAGAAAGUGAAUUUGAGAUCGCUGUCGAACCACUAGGAGGGGAUGUUGUACAGGAUGUGAUGUCAUCACAACAUCAACAAUCAAUAAGUUCCGCUGUUGAUGAUGUCAUAACCGAUGAUGUCAUAAUAGGCGAUGUAGUUUGCGAAACAACCUCGUUUAUUACAGACAUUGUAACAUAACAAUAUUGAUUAUGACAUCACAAAUAUAUCUUCAUAACGUGGGGACCAAAUGUAAACAUGUAUUGUGACAUCAUAUUGUUGUAUUGCGAUAACGUUGUGUUGUGAUGUCAUAAUGUUGUAUUGUCACAUUGCGGACAAUUACAUUCAAUUAAUAUUUUCUUCAUCAAAUAAAUAUUUUAAAAAUGUUGAAACA